AUGAAUAGGAUUCGACAGGAGCGCAAGUCCUGUGAAGCUUGUCGGACUCGGAAGCUCCGAUGUUCAGGUGAAAAGAGUGGUUGUUCACGCUGUCGGGGGCUGGCAUUGCCCUGUAACUUCAAGGAUAAAGGUCUUCCUGGAAGACCAAGAAAGCUUGUACGACCAGAGCAACGAGAGGAGGCACAGAUACCGAGCAGAGAAGAGCGCACAGGAUCGUCCGGUUCCUCACAGUUCUCGCCUGCCUAUUCUCAGUCACCGUUUAUUACUCAGGGGACAUGUGAUUCACUCAUGGCAGCCGGCCAGCUUGACCCAUUGCCAUUUGAACUAUCCAAUAUUUGCGGCUUCGAUUCCUUUCAGUAUGGGAGCACCGGAAUCUGUUCUUCGCCUACCGAACCUUGGCAAGCAUUAUGCGACAAUGGACACCGGGACCUUGAGCUACCAUCAAAAGCCAUGGACUCCUAUAUCUCGCCAGUUUCAUUCUCGCAGUCUUGCAAAUGUGACGAAGAAGUCUCCGAUACAGUCCGGAAUCUAAGCCAAGCAAGCAUGUCAAAUGAUGUCCUCCAAGUUCUUCGCAUGGGAGUAUCUCUCGCAGAAAGACUACUCAUUUGUCCACUCUGCUACGAUAUCUCGAAGCCCCCUCGAGUAACAGUGCAGAAUGUGCUCCUCAUUGGCCAACUCAUGUUAGGAAUAACCUCCACUUACCAAAAUUACAUAAAAUGGCUGUAUAAACAUUGCACCGAGCUCGACGCCAAAAAGGAGAGCGAGCUAGUCUAUCUCGACUCCGGACUCGGAUUUCCCUCUGAACUUUCAUUACAACUCAGCGGUGCCAAAUUCCGCGGUCUGGUUAUGCACGGACUGCGGAAGGAUGGCGAACGACUUUCUGCCUUGGGAAAAGCAUUCGCGCAGCGGCAGCGUAAUAGACACAUGGCUGGUCAUGAGGCUUGUCCUGACCUUGGGGGACAAUGUCGGAAAAAGGAAUACUUUGGGGCUGAUCAUGACCCGCUGGAUCUUUGUCCCUUGGAUCCUGCGGCGCGAAGAUUGGUGCCUUGUUUUCGGAUUGUUGAUGAGGUUCGGGGAAUGAUCCAGCAGGUUGAAGAAGCCCUUACAUGA